GGCCACUUCCUUUCCCCUCUGCAGUCCCACUGUCCCCAAGCUGCUCCUGCCUCAUGGCACCAAUGGCAGUGAACCUCAUUCUCGGUUGGUGGCUGGUGGCAGCGAGCAGGGCACAGCAACUGCCCCGACCCUCCCUGUCACUGCACCCCAGCCAGGGGGUGUCCCUGGGGGACAAUGUCACCCUGCGCUGCCACCUGCCCUGGCUGGCUGCCUGGGUCUGGCUGUACCAGGAAGGAGGUUGGCCGUACAAGAAGGGGAAGAAGAAGGAUCAGGACACGGCCGAGUUCUUUAUUAGCACACUGCGGGAACACGCAGGUCGUUAUCGGUGUCAGUACCAGGUGUCUUGGUCAGAAGAGGCAUCAGAGAAGAGUGACCCUGUGGAGCUGGUGCUGACAGAUCUCAGAUAUCCCCCAUCCAGCAUUUCCCUUCACCCUGAGCAACAUGUGGGAACAGGGACCAAUGUCACCAUCCGCUGCUGGAACAAGGAUUACGGGUCCACCUUCCUCCUGCACAAGGAUGGGAGCUCAGACCCUCUCAAGCACCAGAACUCCAGUGGUGGGGGCACAGCCACUUUCACCCUCUUUGGGGUGACCCCAGCUGACAGUGGCACCUACAGGUGCUCCUAUCGCCCCUGGCGCUACGCCUUCUUGUCCUCACCCCUUGGGGACAGCGUGAUGCUGGAGGUGACUCCCACACCUGCACCCCCAGACCCCACAGGUACUGAGGAGCAGUCCCGUGCCAAUGUGGUGAUGGCACUGGUGAGGGGCUUUGUGGCUGCACUCGUCUUUGGCCUCGGAGUC